AUGGCACCCCCGAUGCGAGCUUUGAUUGCUGUCACCUCAGCUCAUGCGCCAUUGUAUCCUGAUGGCAAAGAGACAGGUGUUUUCAUCACCGAGGCUCUUCAUCCCUUCAACGUUUUCAAAAAGGCGGGCUUUGAAGUGGAUCUGGUGUCCGAGACGGGCUCGUUUUCUCCUGAUUGGUUGUCACAGCAGAAGGAUUGGCUUCCAGAUGAAGAUCGCAAGGUUUGGGAAGAUACCAAAAGUGAAUUCCGGUCAAAGAUGGACAAGCUCCCUAAGCCAUCUGACAUUGACCCCUCGAAGUAUGGUAUCUUCUUCGCCUCGGCCGGUCACGCCUCUCUGAUCGAUUAUCCCGAUGCCAAGGGUCUGCAGUCAAUUGCCUCUACGAUGUAUGCCGACGGCGCCAUAGUCUCUGCCGUUUGCCAUGGCGGUGCCAUUUUCCCAGGAAUAAUCGACAAAUCUACUGGUCGGUCCGUAAUAUCUGGCAAGAAAGUGACCGGAUUUACUACGCGAGGCGAGGAGGAGGAGGGUGUGCUCGAAACCAUCAAGAGCUGGAAACGCCCCACUAUUGAGGCCAGCGCCGCGGACUCAGGUGCGACCUAUGUGAGCCCUCCAGGACCUUGGGACGCUUUCACCCAGACAGACGGGCGUAUCGUGACGGGUGCAAACCCCGCCAGUGCCCACGUUACUGCUGUAGCAGCCUUGGAGGCGUUUAACAAAUUGUAG